UACCACGUACAUCGAAUAAAGUAGUUUGGAAUAUAUAAUAUAUUUCAAUAAUAGCCUAAAUAAUGUGUGAUGAGUUAUUUGAGAUCUUAGAAAGGGUUGGGAUUCUGCUGUGCUUCAGCAGAAUGUGUUUCACGGUGAAGUUGGUUCCACCGCCCGGGUGCUGGAUAGAAAGCUUCACAUAGCUGAUGGAGCGGGUCAGCUGGUUAGGGUUAAGCAGCUGCGAGAUCGGAUGUGGCAGAAAGGAGAACGGAUUAUUAUUUUAAAAAAAACAUCCAAGGCAUCUUUGAAGUCUGAAAGUGUCUGGUAUAUUCCUAAUUGGUGACAGGUGGUAAAUUGCCUUUCCUGUGAAUCUUCGCUCUUUUUUGACAUCUAGCGCACCACAAGAGAACUACAAGCAACACCUGCGGAGUCAUACAGAUGGCGCCAAAUAUCCUCACGAGGACGUGUGGGCGUGAACAAUUCUCUGAUUGGGUCAACGCUAAACCAUCAAAACCAGCAUAAUCUGAUAGUUAGCUUGCUUUUGCUAACUACCAGUUACAGGCUAAACCGGGAUAGGGUUUAACGUAGGGGGUGGCGCUGCAUCGACAAUCAUAAACCUAUAUUUUACAUUACUGUAAAGUUGAUAACCAAAUAAUAUUUGAGUUUUACAUUUUUAAAGUUAACUGAUUCGUGUACUCUCUUGCGUGGCAUUUAGGCAGGCUAAUUCGAGCAUCUCUUCAUAUCAACACGGCUCAUCUCAACCGGUGCUGUGCCGUGACCAACAUGGUAGUUCCAGACACCGCGAGUGAGGUCCAAACAGCAGAUAAUAUCGGUUCCGGGGGUAUCAUAAAGACACCGUCCCAGUCGAGUUACGAAGAGGAGGAGGAAUUACAAGGGGUGGAGCUGGAGGAGGUUCGCAAGCUCCAGGAGCUUGUUCGAAGACUAGAGGUCCAGAAUCAAACCCUCCGCAACAGGGGAGGCAGUAAGAAUCUACAUCUUGCAGGAGGGACAAACAGCAACAACCUGACAACUGAUGCGGACAUUAACGAGAGGAUCUCAUCCUGCGAAAGGGUCACCAACACUAACUCCCCACUCAGGUUGGGGAGCAGUGGAAGUUGUGGUACGGAGCUAGGCAGCAGCAGUGACUUUGAGCUGUCCCCUCCUCAGGACAGUUGUAGCAGCGAGGAGAUGUCCCCUCUUCCUGUAGUCAGCAGGAUAGAGGCGGAGGAGGAGGAUGAUGGUCUACUGUGUGUAGGCAUUCUAAACCUGCCGUGUGGGAAUGGACCAGGACCAGAACUGGGGCAGGCCCAUGGGCUAAGCCAGACUCCUGAGAGCCCGUCCCUGGACAGCUAUGAAUCUGAGACCCUGGCGGAGAGCGACCUAGGGGUGGACCAGUUGGCUCUGGAUGAGGUGGAUGUCCUGGACCUGGAGGAUGACUGUACAGAAGUGGAUGACGAGGACAGUUGGUUGUAUGUGUCCCCUAAGAAGCAGGUAGUUGCUGAGCAGAGACCGGAGUCUCCUCUGAAGUGGUGUCGGAAGGUUCUGGACCACCCGAGCCCAGAGACAGAGGUGGCCUGCCGGACCCUGCUGAACCGUCUCGACCAGACAUCUCGUUGGAGGAACAUCUACAGCAGCCCCGGCCAGGCUGGGGAAGCAGGCUCCUCUGGCCUUCUCUCCCCUGGGUACCACAACAAAUCCACUAACAAAACCCUACUAACCAGUGGCGGCUCAGGCUAUGUGAGUAUGCACUCUGCUCUGAGUUCCCAGUCUUCUAUAGACAGUGAACUGAGCACCUCAGACGACUCCAUCUCCAUGGGUUACAAGCUCCAGGACCUCACUGACGUACAAAUAAUGGCCCGCCUACAGGAAGAGAGUCUGAGGCAGGACUAUGCCUCAAGCUCAGCGUCAGUAUCUCGUCGAAGCUCUUCAGCCUCCCUCCAGUCACUCCGUAGGGGCGGGACCUACAGUGACCAGGAGUUUGACACCUACAGCCUGGAAGACGAAGAGGACGAGUGCUGCUCUCUACCCCAGCGACGCCUCCGCUACUCCCCCUCCCCUCUGGGCUCGCCUCGCUGCCUGUCCCCAUCCACAGGCUCCCAGGGCCAGGCAGAGUACAGCAGCAGGCUGGGGGCCCCCAGACAACGUGCUCCACGCCGAUCGCUACAGGGGCCUGGGCCUGAGCUGCUCAAGUUCGCCAAGAGUGAGGAAGAGUUGAGACACAGCAUGCCUAACCUGGCCCCCCGCACCAGCCUGCGUUCCCUGGAGGCAGUCAGAAACAGCCGCAGCAUGGAGGCUAACCUCCAGACCUCUGGCAACCGCAUGUCCCGCCUACCUCACUCCCCUUCCUCAGGUAUGUCAGCCAAUCGAAUGCGAGUCAGCGGACAAUCCCCUCUGUCCAUGCGGGUCCCUGUCAAAGCCAUGGGCCCUGUGGGCUCCAUGCCGGGGCCCAGACAGCCAUCCAGAGGCCUACCUAUAGUCCAGAGCGGGCUCAGUGGGGGGGUCCGGAGGGUCCAGUCCCCAGGCCCAGCCAACGGGGGAGCCUAUCCAGUCGGGAGGGCCUCUACUGGGGGAGCAAGGCAGGUAGCCACCCGGGGCCAACCAGGAGCAGCCCCAUCCUGCAGAGGAAGAAUGACGCAGCCAUCUAGGAGGUCUGUGGGGAUGACUAGAACGAAUGGCCCAAUCACAGACGAGUCGUGGAGAGAUGGUUGCUACUGAAGCAACAAAGAAACCUCCACAUCCCUCCUUUACCUCACUUCUUAGUAUGAAAAACACCAAUGUUAGGAUCAGUCUUUGAACACACCCCUGGCCUUCAAGCAUACCCCAGUAGGCAAAGUUACAUAGCCUACUGCCUCUGUACAUACUUCUGUAGGCUGUACCCCUGUAGAUGAACAGAUCUUUCCUGGCAUGAAGAGCCCUCUGACACCAUGGAUGAACACUGGAGAGAUGGAAGAGAGGAGAAACCGAGGGUGAACACACACAUCGAUUUGGUCUAUGGAUUUAGACUGUGCUUCCAGAAGAAAAGAUGACAAUUCAAUUCCAGUCUAUAUUUUUAUGAUACUUAUUGAGAAUGCUGGAACUGAAAAGAAGUGUUGUGAUCUCAUUUGUUUAUGUUCUGUAGAUGUUCAAAUUAUUGAAGAAUUUAGGCAGACUGUUCAUUCUCUGUAUUUACUUUGUAAGUAGCAUCUGAUUCCCUAUAUUAAAGUGCACUACUUUUAACAAAUCCUUACUGUAGAUCUCUGGUUAAAAGUAGUCUACUUAAUAGGGAAUAUGGUGCCAUUUAGAAUGAAAACUGUGUUGUGAAGUAAACUGACUAAUAUGAAGGUGACUGAAUCUGUGAUUUGGGUGUUGCAUGUUUUUUUCUUUCCCAGGACCAUGAAAGGAGUUUCUUUGUUAUAUAAUGACCUUUAACACAUCUGUUCUUCCAAGUAACAACCUCCAUGUUGAUUCGUGGGGCAAGGUUUUGUUUUUUUAUGUUUGUGAGUAAGAGAUUUGUUGCGAUUCCUCUUAAUAUUAGUGUUUUUUGCUGACACAACCAUAAUGGAUUAUUGCUGGACCACACUGCCCUUUCCAUCUGGACCCCCUGAAGAAUUUAAAUAAACUUUAUCGUGGGGGGUCAGUUAUUUGUGCCAAGGUGCAUUUCUGCUGCACGGUUUUGAAGAAAAAAAAGUACUACUUGUAGUUGAAGAAACUGUAGGUGUUGAUUGACAUCAGGUGUUUUUACUGCAUAUCGGUAGGUGCGUUUUGAGGGUUUGAUUUUUAGACACCGCUGUACUAAUAAAAUAUAUGCACAAACUAAGGCUGUAUGCCAUUAUUAGAGAUGACAACAAGCUAUGCACCCUCAUGUGGAGUGCCUGUGAAAAUCCAGAACUGUAAAGAAAAGAAAUAAAACCUAUCCAGAACUUGAA